AUGAGGAAAUUGAAAUUAUCUUUGAUAGCGAAUGAGAGAUCAAGAAAAAAGACAUUCAUGAAGAGGAAGAAAGGGAUAACAAAGAAACUUCACGAGUUGACAACUCUUUGUGGUGUCCAAUCUUGUGGGGUCAUCUACAGUCCGUAUCAGUCGGUACCAGAGGUUUGGCCGUCAAAGGAAGGUGCACAAGAGGUGGCUAUGAAGUUUAUGGAGAUGCCGAUGGCAACAAGAACCAGAAAGAUGAUGGAUCAAGAUACGUAUUUGCGGGAGCAGAUUACGAAAAUAAAAGAGCAAGUAGACAAACUGGCUGUUUAG